AUGUCGCGAACUCAGGAAAUCUCGGAGCUGUCGGUGGAUGAAACACUGUCUUCCCAUCUAAAAUUUAGAACAGCGAUCCGUGGGGAGGAAAUCUCGAAUGCCUUCGGAGCGGACGAGGAAAUCAGCCGAGAGACUGCUCUGACGGCACUGACUGCGGCAGAGGAGCGGAAGUUGAUCCGCAGGGUUGACUGGCGAUUGAUACCUCUUCUGUCAAUGCUGUAUCUUAUGAAGAAGAUUGAUGAGAACAACGCCUCCAAUGCCCGCAUCAUGAAUAAGGGGACGAGCGAAAACAUACUGACACAACUUGGAAUCACCUCCGACCAAUUCGGCAUGAUUACCAUCCUGUAUACCGUCGGUGACGUUCUCGUGAAAGGAGGACAGUUGUUGACUCAGGCUAACGUUGGCGAGAUAGGUCCCUUACAUUUUAGCAGAGAUUCCGUCAAACCUGGUCUUGAAGAGAAUCAGUCCUUCCCGGUGGCAGUCAAGAAUUAUGAUAACCUGACGAACAGCCACUUUUUGUUGUCUGGCGAAGCUAAUGAUGUGAUCUCUGAUUGUCAGGGGCCUUAUCACGGCUUGCACCUCAGCAGUGACCAACCUCGCCGGACUCUACACCGUGCGUUUCUUACUUGGACUGGUGAGCUCAACGAGACGAGAAAAUUGAAAUACUUAUGUUCAUGUCUAAGUAUGUUCCAGGCAGAGGCUGGGAUGUUUCCCGCUAUCAUCCUUCAGCUUACCUACUGGUAUCGUCCUGAUGAGAUAGCCGUCAGGCUCGUCUGGAUAUUUACUGUCGGAAAUGUCGCAGGUAUAAUUGGAGGAAUUCUUGCAUACGCUUUCCAUCUCGUAUCGGGAGCCUACGAUAUUUCUGGCUGGCAAUGGCUGUUCAUAGUAGAGGGGGCUCUGACCAUCGUGCUUGCGUUUGUGGUGUGGUUCUUUCUGCCUGAUUUUCCUGCGACGACUAAAUGGUUGUCACCGACAGAAAAGGCUUUCCUACAAGCACGAUUGCCUCAAAACUCUCCGAGGGCCGUCGAACGGAAUUUCGUCUUCAAAGAGAUUCUCACAACGCUCCGCGACAAGAGACUGUGGCUUUUUACGCUCAGCUGGGCUCUAAUGACAACCGGAAGCAGCGGUGUCAAAUUCUACCAGCCAACCAUCAUUUCCAACAUGGGUUUCAGUGGCAUUGCUACUGCCCAGAUUCUCAACAUACCCAUGUCAGUCGUUACGAUUGCCCUCCUUCUGGGCUCCGGAUGGGCGUCCAACAAAGCAAGAAUCCCGGUCCCUCUAUUUCCGAUUUCCAGUUGCGUCAUCACUGUGGCUUGCUAUUCCGUUUUGGUUGCCUAUCCUCACGACAUCGGUGUCUACAUUGCCAUGAUCAUCGGGAAUGCAUUCUCUAUCGCGUGGUUUCCUAUGAUGUGGUCGUGGCGUUCUCAAACUGUGAACGGAGCCACGGGUUCUGCGUUUGCUAUCGGGUUCGUGAAUAGUUACGGACAGAUCGGCGACGCUAUUGGGCCGCAGAUGUUCCAAGAUGUCUAUGAACCGCGGUACCAGCUGCCAUUUGGGCUCGCCAUGGGACUCGUAAGCCUUUGCGGGGUGACAAAUGGCUAUACCUGGUGGGUCACGCGUCAAACAGAGAGAGAUACGAGGAGGCACAAGCUUGCCAGACUGCAAGCAAAGCUUCAAAACCAGGCAGUUCUUGACGACGUAACUGAUAACGACCUGAAGAGAGACGCAGCUUGA